AAAGCAAAGACAACAAAUAAAAACUGUUAAGACAAAGAUCAACACGAAUUAUGUCAAUAUUUUAAUUAAUACUGAAAUUGUUUAAUUAUUUCAAAAAUUUAAAAGUUCACGCCAACAAUAGAGCAUUUUUAACACAGCCAAAUAUAAUAUAGCGCAUAUGUGUAAACGUCAAAACUUCACAGAAAUUCCAGCACAAAGAACAAAUACAAGAAUCCAUUGUACAUAAACCACCCACAGUGGGCUUCGCAAACAAAACCAACGUUUCCAUUUGUCGUCGUUGUCGUUUUUCAUGAAUAGCUGCGCAGACAUUCCAAUAAAUAACCGAAUUUGAAAUUAAUACUUCCAAAUUUAUUGAUUUACUAUAUAAUUGGCCUUUCAAACAAAGAGUGAAAAAUUGCACGUUCCACCUUGCACUAGAUUUCUGCCAAAAAAUAAAAAAGUGAGAAUUUUGUAACUCUCGUGCGCUAGUAAACGUGAAUUAAAGUCGUGUAUAAACGAUUUAACAUUGAAAAGUUCACAUUUGCGAAAAAAAAGUUAAAGAAAGAAUUGGAAAAAGUUGAAAAAAGUAAAAUCUGUAAAGUAGUCAACAGCUCCAUCGACACAGGUGCAGAAAGAAAGCAGUACUCAUCUGAAAGGUGUUCGUAAAACGUGAGAGACUCGUGAGAACUUGAACUACUCGCGAAUAGUCAACCCCUGUUUCUCAUUCAGGGUACUCUUUACAUUCCAAAAAGCAUUGUGACGCGCGUGUUAAAUUCGCCGCCCACUAACUAAAAACAAAAAAAAAAAGAAUUAAGCAUCACCAUACGAACCACGUUUCGUCUUAGUGGUGCGCUCGUUUCUUUGCUCUUCCACGCACUGCUUACUACGUUAGCGCCCAUAAUCGGCGUGUCGUCUAUGAGUCUGUAGUACAAAGAACCACGGUAGUUACUUAAAUCUACAUACUCCCACCAAUACAAUCUCAUCGUUUGGUGGACAAGCAAGUGCAACGUUAGUAAAGACACUUUACAGCAACAGGAAUCUAUAGACGAAAGAAAACAGCGAGUGGACAAAUAUGUUCUCUGGUCUAACAAAUCAAUUCACUUCGUUGGUAGGUGCCGUCAAGGGCGGUCAAGCCGACGAAGAUGUGCCUGCACCCACCCAGGAUGCUGCCGCCGCUCCGGAAGCAUCCGCUGUCAGCGCUACAGCAGUAACAGCACCAGCUGCAGGCGUAGAGCAAUCAGCGAAUGCGGCUGGUGUCAGUGGGGAGCAGCCUAUUGAAGGUGAAGAGGGUGCUAAGAGCGGCUCAUCCAUCGUCGAUCAAUUGUUCACAGAAGCAACUGGUUGGUUGGGUAGUGCCAAAGGCUGGUUAGGCAGUGCCAGCGCUUCAAUUCCAUCGAUGCCGGCAAUGCCUACCAUGUCUAUGCCAUCAAUGCCAGCUAUGCCAGCCAUGCCGUCGAUGCCCUCAAUUCCGGGGCUGCGCAAGGGUGGCGCCGAAGCUGGUGAGGGUGUCGCCGCAGAUGGCACUAUUAUCGAGGGCGGAGAUGCUACAGGUGCCAUGAGUGGUGAAGAAGAAGACAAAUCGAGGUACAUUAGCGCUACAGAGGGUGCCGAUUCGCAUCCCGCUUCUGGCGGUGGCACCCCCACUGGUGAUGAGGGUCAAAUUGGACAGGGUAAGGGCGAAGAAGCGAACAUUACCACAAAAGUAACACAACAAGCAAAACAUUUUGGCUCAUUCUUGUCGUCGGCAAUAAAUAAAGCGGGUGCUAAAAUUAAGGAGACUGUCAAGGAGAAUCCCAUUCUCGAGUCUUUCAACAAAGAACAGGAAGCCUUUAUCAAAAGUCAAGGUGGUCAAGAUUCCGGUGCUGCACCCUGGAUCGGACACGCCAACGAGGCUAAGAUCAAAGAGGAAAUACUCGGCCUCUCACAGGAUCGUCGCAAUUUUGUGCGCGCACCACCAGCCGGUGUUGAUUUUGACUUUAACUACGAUACAGCGUAUCCCACAGCAAUUGCCAUAAUGGCCGAGGAUAAGGCGCUGGAGACAAUGCGAUUCGAAUUGGUGCCCAAAAUCAUCACCGAGGAGAAUUUCUGGCGGAAUUACUUCUAUCGUGUUUCACUAAUUAUUCAGGCAGCCGAAUUGGGUACACUUGGUGCUGAUGGCGUUGGUCAGGCCUCAAGCGGCGAAGACGCCAAAAACGCGCUUGGCGGCAGCAAGUCACAAACGGAAGUUGCUGCUACUGCCACUACUGUCAAUGAUGAGCAAACAAAUGCAACUGCUAAUAAAGACGCCAAAGCGUUAGUGCCUAUUUCGCCCAUUUCACAACAACCCACCGGUGCUGGUGUUGAUAAACUCGCCAAACAAAUAUCACGCCACAGUGAAUCUGAAUUCGUCUCAGAUUCUUUCCAAGCAACUACUGACACCGACUUGGAAGAAAUCAAAGAUGGCAUGCGUAAAUUGGGUAUUGACAGUAUGACAGAUCAAGUGAUCGGCAGUGAUGAAGAACAAUGGGAAAAAGAUCUGGAGGCUGAGUUGAAGGACUACGAAGUGGUAGGCGGCACGACAGCCGCUCAUAGUCGUGCAGGCGGCGGCGGCGGCGGCGCCGUUAACAGUGACGAUGGCAAUGGCGACGACGACGAAAUACCGACAAUAUCAAAUCUGCGCACACGUUCAACGAACAACGAUUGGGAGGAAUAUGCUGAUCUGAUCGAAGAUACCGAUGAUUUAAAGUAAUUAAGAGCCUGUAUCGUAGCUUCUUCUAACUCAAUUCAUAAACGAUUUUAAAUACAUACAUACAUAUUAAUAUAUUAUUCGUGUUAAUACCACCAGCAUCUAUCUCCACCUCCAGUAGCACUACACUACUAUUAUCUUGAUUUUUUUUAUUGAUUAUAUACUUCUGAGCAUUCUGAAUUACAAUAAUUACUGCCUGUACGUUUACUUGACUUUUAGUAUUUGACGUGUAUUUUUUCUUGUUUUUCUUCUUUUUCUCCAUUCCACAUACUUUUCCAAUCCCGACUAUUGCUACCGACGGCUUUACACCUUCCCUUCUGACCUUACUUUUACUUUAUUGUAUACAAUUUUUUGUCACCCAACUGUAACUGUCUGUAUGUGUAUUCGUGUUUUCUUUGUAUUUUUUUUUUUAUUUGGUUUUUUGGAAACUGUAUUGCUUCCAUUGAAUUAAAUGUAUAAUGAAAUAUAAAUAUAUAUGUGUACGUAUGUAUAUGUAAAACAAUUAAAAUUUGUUACUAAAUGAUGUGCAAUACAAAAAAAAUACUUAAAUGUUAAAAUGUAUGUAACAAUUGUGAAACAUUUAAAACUGGAAUAGGACACUGAAGAGUUUGAGGAGGGUCAUGCUGGGCUAUCAAUGAGCCGAGGAGUUCUUUACGCCUUUUUAGUGUUUUUUUUUUUAUUUUUCGAAAACCUUGUUGUACGAAUUAAAAACAAAACACAAAUUUUUGGAAUUAAAAAUUAAUAUUUUUUCCUUUUGAAUAAAAUAUUUUUGAACAAUUUUGUGUUUUUAAACCUAGCUUGAGGAGGAAAUUAUAAUUUUUGGAGUAAUAAUUUUUUUUUUUUUUUCGUAAUACAAAAAAAUUUAAAAGUGCUGUUUUUAAAGUAAAUAAAGCUAGUAGAGAGAAAUUUAUAAUUUUUCGAGUAAGAAAUUAAAUUUUAUUUUAUAAAAAAAAAAACAUUUUAAAAGGUCAUGUUUUUAAAGCUAUCAAAAGCAAGUAGAGAGAAAAUUAUAAUUUUUGGAGUAAGAAAUUACUAUUUUGUAUUUAUGCAAAAUAUUUUUGGCAAAUUUUACAUUUUUAAGAAAGAAAAUUAUAACUAAGAAACUAAAAUUUUUUUUCUCGAAAAUGUUUAUUGAAAAAUUUUGCUUUCUUACACCUAAAUAGCAGGAAUUAGUAAAGUGAAAAUUAAUAAUCAGUUAAAAAAAAAUUUUUUCUGGAAAAUAUUUAUUGAAAAAUUUUGCGUUAAAACUAGUUAAAAUUUUUUUUCUGAGAAAUAUUUUUUUUUAAUUUUACGUUUUUUAACUUUUAUCACAAAGGUAGCUUCGAAUUAUUAUUGUUAUGUUUUUGAGCUGUUAUUUACCAAUUAUUGGAAAUCUAGAAAUAAUUCCUCUUAAUAAUUUUCUUGUAAAUUUUGUAAAACUUAUUAAUGUCAAUUUAAAUUUGGAGUUUAGAAUAAGAAAUUUAAAAAUUCUGGUUUAACAAGUAAAUUUAAACUAAAAAAUUGAACUUGCGGUUAAGUCAUAUUUUAAAAUUACUUCAAAGCCAAAAAACAUAAAAAAUAUAUUAAAAUAAAAUAACUAAAUUAUAAAAAAAAACAUAUUUUAAUUAUAAAAAAGUAUUUUAUUUUAUUUUUUAUUUUAUAGAAGAAAGACUCGGUUUCGAAAGAAGUUAUAGUCUUUGUUAAAAUAAAUAUUUAACGAUAUAUUUUCAACACCCAUUAAAAUAAAAUAAUAAAAUUAAUUCAAUAAAGUAAUUGAAUUUUCGUUGCGAAUUCUCAUAAUGUUUGUUAAAACAUAUUUUUAAAAUCUAAAAAGCUUUCUAAUAUAAAAAUACUUCAAAUGGUUUUGUGUUGCGAAUUCUUAUUUUUUUUUUUAAAUACCUUUUACAAUCUAUUAUAAAAAUAAUUUAUUAUAAAUGAAUUUGCUUUGUGAUUUUUUAUUAUUCUUUCUUAAAACAUUCUCACAAAAGAAUAAUUAAAAUGAAUUAGUAUUGUGUAUUCUUGUUUUGAUUUUAUUAAAAAUUAUUUUUCCCAAAAAACAAAAUAUAAUAUUGUAAUAAAAGAAUAACUAAAAUGAGUUUCAUUGUGAAUUCAUAGUUUUAGAUUAAAAAAACUAAUAAUUUUGAUAUAAAAAUAUUUAAAAAGAAUUUGUGUUGUGAAUUCUCGUUUUUUUUCUACAAAUAUUUUUGCAUUUAAAAAUAAAAAUAAUUAUAAUGAAUUUCAUUGUGAAUUCUUUUUUUUUAUUAAAAAAUAUUUUCCCAAAAAACACGUUUAGAGCAAAAUCCAUAAAACGAAUGUCGGUGUGAACUCGGUAUCAUUUUUUACUAAAAGAAAAUUGUAUAUUAAAAAAUAAUAAUUAAAAUAAAUUUGCGUUGUGAAUUUUUAUUAUAAUAUAAUACUAAUAAAAGAAUAAUUAAAACUUC